GGGAAGUACAGAAGAAACUGACACUGAAACGUCGGAAAAAAAGAUCUCUGAGGCCUUGCAGAGGACUCUUGAUUCACACAGGGAGAAAUGCUUUGACCAGGCUCAUCCCAUUCAAUCAAGAACUGCCUAAGAAGCAGAGGAACAGAGCUUAGCCAUCUGGAUUUAGGAAGCUGAAAAGCAUGUCUCUUCCCCGACAGCUGCGAGAAAAGAGUGAUUUUGACCAGCUUCCAGAUGAUGUACCUGUUUCAGCCAAUAUUGCAGAUAUAGAAGAAAAGAAAGGCUUUACUAAUUACUAUUUGUUUGUCAUUGAAGUAAAGAUUAAAAGUGGUGGCAGAUACCUGAUUUUCCGACGCUAUCGUCAGUUCUAUGCCCUGCACACCAAACUAGAGGAGAGAUAUGGGGCAGAGAGCAAAAACAGCCCUUUUACCUGCACGCUCCCCAUAUUGCCAGGGAAGGUUUAUGUUGGGGCCAAAAAAGAAAUUGCAGAGAACAGGAUUCCUAUCCUAAAUGUCUACAUGAAGAACCUACUCUGCCUACCCGCUUGGGUGUUGAUGGAUGAAGAGGUACGGCUGUUCUUCUACCACUCAGAUUUUGAUAGUGAACAGGUGCCUAGAAGACUGAGACGGCUUCGCCCACGGACACGCCGUGUUAAAAGCAUUUCACCCGAACUGCCUGUUUUGGACCGGGUGGCAACUCCUCGGGCUGAGGCACUAUUUGAUUUUUCUGGAACCAAUAAACUAGAGCUCAGCUUUAAGAAGGGAGACUUGAUCUAUCUUCUCAGCAGAGUAAACAAAGACUGGUUGGAGGGAACAGUUAAUGAUACCACUGGGAUUUUCCCAUGUGCUUUUGUGAAAAUCAUAAAAGAUUUACCACAGCAGGAAGACACACUGAAUAAAGUGCGCUGUUAUUACCAUGAUGAGACAGUAAGCACUAUCAGGGAUAUCUCAGUGGAAGAGGACCUGAGCAGCAUUCCGUUAUUCAACGAUCUCAUGGAAUUGAUAAGGCGGGAGUUUGACCAAGAUGACAUUGUUCUGAAUUACCGGGACCUUGAUGGUGAUCUGAUCCGGCUGCUCUCUGAUCAGGACGUUGAGCUCAUGGUGUCUCAGAGCAGGAGCAAGCCCUCUGAGAAGCAUAUCUUCCCUUGGAAGUUGCACAUCACUCACAAAGAUGACUUCAGCGUCUACAACACAAGUCCAGGAAUGGGUGCUAUUCACAUAGUUAGAGCAACAUGAAUGCUGUAGAGUAGAAGUUCCUGCAGGUAGCUACAUUGUCCUUCAGUAAUUCUUCUCAGCAGACAGUUUCCUUUAGCAAACCUUUGAAGUGAGCUUGAAAAGAGUAACAGUAGUAUAUUAUCUUUCAGCCUAAAAUCUGUACUUAGCUUCUCGGUCUCUUUAGCACUCUUCUGUAAUAAAGACAGCUAUAUAAAGACCAUAGAAAGUGAGGAAUAGAGAAGUAAAAUCACUGGACAUGUUCACAAAGCAAGUCAGUGUUAGCCAGCCAUAGAGGUUUAGUGUCCUGAGCCCCAAGACCUGCUCUAAUCUCCAUCCUUGUUCCCAGAGCUAAUUCCUUGCCUAGAAUGUCUUCAUAAGCAUUUUUUUUCCUCUAGACCACCAUCACUUUCUCUUCACUUGCUGGUAUGAAUAUUUGUGUGCAAUUGCUAAUGAAUGCAGUAAUUAUUUCUGUCCCAUGACAGUCUGACUGGACAGCCAGAGUUUGUUCUGGAGGCACCGAGAAAAAUUUUUUUAAUUCAGUGAAAAAAUUACAGCCCACUUUUGCCUUCUUCUUUCCACUGGCCAAUAUUUUGAAUUCAGUGAAUCAAAUCUAGUUCACUUGCAGUGCUACUCACAGACUUCUUGUAACUGUACAGUCUAUUUGUUUCCACAUUUUGGGAUAAUUUCUGUGAUCCCUAUCCAAAUAGUAAUUUAUUCUCUGUCUCUCUUCUUCUGCUUUCUAACACCUCACUGCAAAACAGAAUGAACAAGAAAUUACUGUGUUGAAUUCUUCAAUAAAUAAAGUUGUGUAUGUGUUUAUUUUAUCAGUUUUCAUUAGAGCGUUUUUUUGGGGGUGUAUGUGAAAUAAUUCAUGCAUUUGUGGUUUUUUUUUUCCUUGAAAGAGAGAGAAUUUGGAAGAAGAGUUCAAAUGUUACUUAUUCAGCUUUCCUUAAGCAGGGGUUCAUUACUGAAAGAAAAAAAAAAAGUCUUCCCACCUUUUCUUUAAUGGUCAUGCAAUUAAAACAUUUUAUUUGAACAAAUUUACCUCUGCUUGUUAUAAUUACAAAUUAUGUAUAUGUUAUGUAAAUUGUAUGAAACCUAAAAUACUCUAUUUUAAAAACACCAUGCAGUCAUGGUGUAAAAGGAUACCAUCCUGUAUAGAUAUAAUCAGU